AUGGGUCUCUGCAAAACACUUUUUGUUUUCCUGCUCACGGUCACCCUAGCGGGUUUUGUCCACCUGGUAAACCGCCCAGAGAAUUGGGUGUUUGAUCCCAAGGAACUUCAGACCAUCGUCAAACAGAGCAUUUCAAACGCUCGAAGUAAAUAUGGGGAUAAUCCCUCCGCCGACGCGGUCAUUGCCGAGGUGAUCGAAGGAGUUCUUGCAACGUACCCCGCACACACAACAAAUAGUAGUCGAUGGAUGUGGAACAAUGCAGGCGGGGCAAUGGGUUCCAUGAAGCUUCUUCACGCGUCCUUUUCCGAGUACAUCAUUAUAUUUGGCACUGCUGUGGGGACGGAAGGCCACACCGGUCGUUACCACUUGGCAGAAGACUUCUUCACUAUUAUUCAUGGGGAACAAUGGGCGGCGCUACCGAAUUCCACAGUGCCGGAAGUAUACAAACCUGGCGACCAGCAUUACCUUCCAAAGCACACGGCAAAGCAGUAUAAAAUGCCUGGUCCAUGCUUUGCAUUGGAGUACGCCCGCGGUGUCAUUCCUUCCAUGUUCUUCUUUGGCUUCGCAGACAUGUUUUCAUCAACGUUGGACAUGGUAACCUUGUAUCACACGGUUGUGGAGUCCACAAAGCAAAUGAUACCUAAUGCCCUUCGAGGAAAGAUAUAA